CCGGCGGUUGGAGGAAGCUCGAGCGGGGAGAGGGCCGUUUUGUUUGUCUCGCGGCGGCGGCGGGGGGACUGGGACUCCGACUCUGAUCGCUUUCGCGGCUUGCUCCUCCGAGGAGGGGCAUGAGCUGAGGCGAUGAUGCGGCCGGCCGGCUCGAGGCGGGGUCGGAGGAAGUGGCUCCUCCCGGACGGGGCUACCUACCCCUCGCUGGCCCUUCUCUUCCUGCUGCUCUUCUGCUCGCCUCACGGCGCCUGCUGCCUGCCCCGCGGAGGAAGGCGCGCCCCCGGCCCCCCGGUCGUGCUGGUGCCAGGAGAUUUGGGUAACCAGUUAGAAGCAAAGUUGGACAAACCUUCUGUGGUGCACUACCUCUGCUCCAAGAAGACAGAAAGUUACUACACAUUGUGGCUCAACUUAGAACUGCUGCUUCCUGUUAUCAUUGACUGUUGGAUAGAUAAUAUCAGGCUAGUAUACAAUCGAACAAGUGGAUCCACUGGGCCACCAGAUGGGGUGGAUAUCAAAGUCCCUGGAUUUGGACAGACUUUCUCCUUGGAAUUCCUUGACCCUAGUAAAAGAAGUGUUGGUACCUACUUCUAUACACUGGUGCAGACUCUGGUGGACUUGGGCUAUCAGCGGGAUGAAGAUAUUAGAGGCGCUCCCUAUGAUUGGCGGAAAGCACCAAAUGAGAAUGAAGACUAUUUUGUGGCCCUCCGGAAGCUGAUAGAGAUAAUGUAUGAAGAAUAUGAUGAACCAGUGGUUUUAAUUGCCCAUAGCAUGGGGAAUAUGUAUGUUCUCUACUUCCUCAGCCAUCAGCCUCAAGACUGGAAAGACAAAUACAUAAGGGACUUCAUUUCACUUGGUGCCCCGUGGGGAGGAGUGGCAAAAACUCUACGUGUUUUAGCAUCAGGUGACAAUAAUCGGAUCCCUGUCAUCAGCUCCCUUAAGAUCAGAGGCCAGCAGAGAUCUGCAGUGUCAACCAGCUGGUUGCUCCCUUACAACUACACCUGGUCUCCGGAGAAGAUCCUUGUCAGCACUCCAUUUGCUAACUAUACUAUUCAGGAUUACCAAAAGUUUUACACAGACAUUGGCUUUGAGGAUGGCUGGCUCAUGAGAACAGAGACUGAAUCCUUGGUCUACAAUAUGAUUCCUCCAGGGGUGCGCAUACACUGUCUUUAUGGUACUGGGGUGGAGACCCCAGAGUCAUUCUUCUAUGACACCUUUCCAGACAAGGAUCCUAAGAUCUUUUAUGGUGAUGGUGAUGGAACAGUGAAUUUGCGAAGUGCCUUGCAGUGUCAGAAGUGGGUGGGCCAGCAGAAACAGAAUGUGACACUCUAUGAGCUUCCAGGGAGUGAGCACAUUGAAAUGCUCUAUGAUGCUAAUACAAUUUCCUACGUAAAAAAAGUUCUCUUUGGCUCAUGACACAAUGCAGAAUACCCUCUUCUGACAUGACACUUGAAGGGCCUUUUAAGGCAGGGAGGAAGAAUGGCUAUUUUGGACAACCCUAUUUAAAGCCUGCUUGGCUUGUUUGGGCCUUGUUGGAAAUGUUGCUGUCAAUUAAUGAUCACUUGUCUCUUUGAUUAGUGCUCAUAACACACUGUGGUGUCCUACAUACAAAAGGCUCAUUCCAGCUGUAUUUAGUGCAAUCCCAGUGCCCAUCUUUGUGAAGAAUGUGUUGCGCUUGUUCUCUGGGAUGUGGGGAAGGGCAUAGUUGAGCUAUAAUAUAAAUAAAAGAACAAUAACAUAACCUUUUCUGAAGGGUUACAAGUUCUGGGUCAGUGUUCCCAGCAGGGAAUCUAGUAUUAAGUGAAGUCCCGGCAGCAGCUGUUUGGUUUUAUUUAAGUUGAUGACAUCCAGCCAGAUGAGUAUUGUUCAUGAAGAAAAUACAGUAUGUCCCUGAGCUCCAGAUAAGAUUUUCUAGCACAAGCUGAACCCUUUAACUUGAUUCUUGCUGGAGCAAGUUGGAGGUCAAUGGCUGAAGACAGCAAGCUUUUCUUUACUGCUGUAACUUGGAGAUUUCCAGUUGGCUGCAGACCUAAGAAUUGACAGGGUAGAUAUUAACAAUGGUCUUAAGGAGAUGGUCUCUGUUUUGUUGUGAUCAGUUGGCUGUCUCUUGAGUACUUGCCAACCUUUGUUCAGAAGCCAGUGCUGUGACAAGUGCUAUUUUAGCCAGAUGCCUUCCUUCCAUGAUCUGGAGUGUCUGAAACACAGGCUGCCUUUCAGCAAGGCUUAGCAUUUUAGAGCAAAAUAACAGCCUAAACUGUUCUUGUUACUGGAGACUUCUUACGGAUGGAGCUGAUAGUAAAGCUAACUCUUCCCAGAAAUUUUGGUAUUGUAACUUGGUUGUCGUGUUUCAUUGGAGUCUCCUUUUCUUGUACUGUAAUCCUCUUCCAAAUUCUAUUUCCUUGUCCCCUAUGGAAUAACAAAAUGGCAUGGGGCAAAGCUGCUUACGUUCCUGAUUCAGGAGUGUAAUGUGCAACCAUAAUUGCAGGAAGUGCCCGUAAAAAAGCACCAACCUUCAUCUGAGGCAGUGCUGGGCAGACUGCAGAGAGAGAGAGAGAGAGAGAGAGAGAGAGAGAGAGAGAGAGAGAGAGAGAGAGAGAGAGGCUCAGCUGACCCCAUAAUUGCCCGUUAGCUGCUGGGUUGGCCAUCUAUUGACAAUCCCUCCUUCCAGAGCAAAUGGUUCAGUAUUCAUUCCUGCUGCUUCUGCCCACCCAGAUAACAGCUUGUGACCAUCUCCUCAGUUAACUAACCAGCAUAAGUGUCUAGCCAACAUGGCACAACUAAACUCUCCUGCCUUGAGCUCAGUAUACGUUUGGGGUACAAGUUGCUGCAUCGUUAUCUAUGUCUGCUUAGUCCCUGUGUUGAAACUUUAAAAGCACCCAAAAGGGGGAGUACGUCAAUUGUUGAUGUCAUAAGGGACACUUGUAAUAGGGGGCUGACUUGAGAUUUGUGCCAAAUACUCCAGUUUGAGAGUAAGAGUGACCUGGAAAUCUGAAUUUUGUUCUGAGGAACUUAUUUUGAGCCUGACCUCUCAGUAAGCAAGUGCACAGAGCGACAGAUGUGGACACCUUUACCAUUCGUAUUUUUCUAAUCUUCAGACUUUUUUCCUAACUAGACAAUGAGAUCACACAGAAUCUGCAGUGGUAGCUUACAGUCUGCAAAUAUAUUUUCCUGUGACUGGUAUGAUGUAACAUUUUUAUAUAGUCUUUGUCAAGCUUUUAGGUUUUCUAGAUUGUGUUUUGCUACAUUGUAGUAGUUUUAGCAUAAUAUUGGUCCUCCAAGAAACAAAAUGUUUUAUCAAAGUAUUUAUUGCCUUAUGGAAUGUGCAAUCCUGUUCAUCCAAUUUCCUGCUUUUCAGUAAUGCCAGUAACCAUUUUAAAAACAAGGCCACUGGUGGUCACUGUGGGCAUGGCAAUAACAUAACCUCUGAAAGUUUCCAGCAGACAUUGUUCUACGCCUUGCACUCUGAGAGUGCCUCCUCAAGCCAUGUCUUUGUAUUGUCAGCAUCAAUCUGCUUCUGUUUGUUCUGUAGCUGCAAGUUUCAUUUGGGAAUGCUUCUGAUUGCAAAUCUGACUUGCUAAACUGACACUAUACAUAAUUAAGCUCAAAGAUUGGUUCCACCCUGUCUGUUGUUCCCCAUCCUACCCAUAUCAAUCUUAUGGCCUCAAGGUACCAUUAUGCUUGAUGCCAUGUGGAUGGCUGGGUCCAUGUGGGUGAAACUGGGUUCCUUUUCCCUGCAGAGUUAUUUCUUACUAUUUGGCCUCACACAUUCACAGGGAAAUCCACAUUCCGCACAACAUCACUUUCAUGGAACAUUCUGAAGGCUAGGGCUUGCCUUAAUGGUCUGUUUAGGACAGGAAAUGAGUGUGACAGAUCUUCAGAGACUUACACUUCAUAUCCAUACAUACAUAUGGCACUUAACAGUGGAACAUAAGCAAAAGCACAUGUCUCUGAUUCCUGAGUAGGAUCCAAUUUAAAUUACAACACAGGGAGUGCCAGGCUGGGGGAGUGAUAGAGGUGAAGGUAACAAGAAUGUGUUGAUUUACUUGUGCUUAGGCUUAGUUUCAGUUGGGGAUGAGGACUAAGGGGUUAAACCAAAGGCCACAUGUAUAUUCAGAGCACGCUCCUACUGUAUGUGUGCCUUCCAUGUUUUGGCCUUGCAUCAUAUUGUCCAGUUGUAGUUGGUAACUGGCAUCUGUUGCUGUGACUUCUAGCCCCAUUCUUAUGUGCCCUAUAAUACUUCUGUCCCACCUGCAUUUCAUUCUUAAUACAAAAUGUCACCUCUUCAUUUCUCCCUUCUCAUCUGUCCCGAUCAAUCUCAUACACCUGCCUCCCGCUGUUGAUUCCAGGCCA